UCUCCCCUUGUUUCUGCCACACCUGACGGAAUUUAAUUUUUUGGUGCUCAUAGAAGUUGUUUAUAGAAGCUUUUGGAUUUUUUAUGUUUGUCACAAACUCCUUAGGGGUUAUUCACAUUUAAAUGUUUUUGUGUGAGCAGUGAUUUCCUCAGGGUUACAAAGGUAAAGUCAGUAUCCAAAGUUAGACAUAUCUUAUUAUGCGCCUAUUUCCAUAUUUCACAAUACACAUAUUUUGUAUAUCUGUGGGAAAUAAAUGAGUUCUCGGCUCUAAAAAUUAUUUAAAAUUUAGACUUCCAUGUGUGUGUUUGUGUGUGUCUGUAUUUAUAUCCUAACUCCUAAUGAACACAAGUCCCAGUCAUAUUUCCCAGUUCCCUUCAACCUUUCUGAUAGACUUGCUUACUUUGCCUGUUAGUAACCCAUACCCUGGUAUUCUGUUACUUUUCCAUCUGCACCUUCACUCUGAAAGUAUGCAGUCCUGGCAGUCAUCAUCCACUUUGCCCAAAGAUCAGUCAGGUCCCCUCUAAGGACCUUAGGGUGGAAGAACUGGGGUCUGACGGCUAGCCAGGGCUCUGGCGCAGCUAGACUAGAGCAACUCUGGUAAACCUCUGUGCGAUAAUAGAGGUGCUCUCUAUGUGAACAGUCCGUAGGGUAGCCGAUGGAUACUGCACGUGGCUACUGAGUAGUUGAGAUGUGGCUAACAUAACUGAAUUUAGAGUCAUUUUAAUUAAAAGUAAUAUUUUCCAGCAUUUUAUUAUGAAAAAUUUCAAACAUAGAAAACCCAUAUAUGACAAUUUAGAAUCUAUAACAUUUUUCCUGUACUGUAAUAAGUCUAAGUCAUGUCCUCUUGUUGGAUUUUUCACUUACAGAUGAAAUAACAGGCAUAAUUGGUGCCAAUAGACCUUUUUUUUUAGUGCCAUUUAAUUUUUAAUAGAUUGAGAUAGCCAAAUGAGGCUUGUGGCUGCCCUUUGGAUGGUGUAUCUCUGGAGCACGGCUUGGCAGCUUGUUGACUGUGGAGUGCAUUAAAAUGCGUAUCCUUUUCUGGUUUGCCAUGGAAAGUCACCUGACCUCCAAAUCACUGCUGUGAAAGGCUAUGCUGUCAUUCCCUUCAGGUUGCUUAUAUGAAAACAAGCAUUUCUAUUCAAGCUGUAGACCCUGAUGAAUGUGCAAUAUAAAACCAUGUUACACUGGAUGUCAACCUCAAGGAGAAAAGGAGAAAAGUCCUGUGGGCCCACAAUUUUUGGUUGCUCCUGAAAAUAACCAUUCUGUGGGUCCUGUUGAAUAAGGUAAUUCACUCAGGACUGAGCAAGACUGGGGAGAAAGAAUCCUUGGAUGAGAAAGUCUUUAAUGUGUUAACUGUCCUCAUUCAUAACUUCCCCCAGGCUUCCCUGCUUGCUCAGUGGUAAAGAAUCCACCUGUCAAUGCAGGAGGUGCAGGUUUGACCCCUAGGUUGGGAAGAUCCCCUGGAGAAAGAAAUGGCAACCCACUCCAGCAUUCUUGCCUGGAAAUUCCCAUGAACAGAGGAGCCUGCAGGCUACUAGCCAUAGGAUCGCAAAGAAUCAGACAUGACUAAGGUGCCUUACCACACAUGCAGCAUUAUACGACAAUGAGUUAGAUUAAAAAUCCAAAAAAAAAAAAAAGUUAAAUGAAUGACGAGGGUGAGCUACAGUCCAAACUGUAAUGCAGUAGCAAGAACACUGAAGAAUUAAAGUUCUUCAUUAUGGCACUGCUUCACGGAACUAUUUUCCCUUUCAACUUGUGAAUAGACUCUAUCCUUUAGUGGCUCAGAAUCUGAAUAGUUAUCCAAAAUCCUUUCUUUUUUUUUUUUUUUUUUGGCCAUGAUUUUUUCAUGCCUACUUAAUUUCGUGAGGUGUUCCUCUCAUUCUGUUAGCAGCUGGAGGAAGGAAAAUUUCUGUUUCGUUCAUGGCUGGAGCCUAGUUGGGACAAUAGAAGAUGUUAACUCAGAAUAGCUUUUACUGUAAAGAUAAGAAGGACAAAUUAAAGUAGCUGGUUAGGGAAACAGGAAACUUCAAACAAGAUGUUCUUUUGAGUUUUUACUGUAAGAGCCAGGAAAUUUCACAUGACUCAGUGGCAUAAAGUUUAGGCAUUAGGAGAAAUAACCAUGGAAGAGGGAACAUGGCCAGGUGAAGUUACACCUCCCAACAGAGUGAUGCAGAACAUCUUUCCCUGGGAACUGGUGGUUAUUCCUGAAACCUUCACUUUAGGCUGGGACAGGAAGAACAGCCUGCUGCUGUGAAAAGAUAAGCCAUUGAGGUUUGAAGGUGUGACUAGCAGCUCUGUGCUAAGCCUCUAGCUGACGAAAUUAAUAUUGUCAGGAAGGGAUGGGUAAAACGUGUGGUUUCCUAAAUAACACCUUUAAGCAGCCAGGAAGUAAAUAAAUGAAUGCUUUAUGUAUUCAUGCUGUGUGUGUUAUGUGUGUUUUGCACAAAAGCAAAUUCGGAAGACAGUGUACAAGAACAUUCAAAAUGUUCUUUCUUUGUUUAUUUUUUUUUAUCGUUUUGUUUUCUUAAGGAGUGGGUGUAAUGAAGUUUGGUGCUUCCAUCUUGUGCUUCUUUGAUCGAAGGACAAUGCGAGGAGUUUCACCUCUCACACACCCAAAGAAUAGGGGAUUGUAAAGGCCAACUUCUCUCACCUUUUUCUGGUCAGUUUUCUCCAUCUGCAUCACUGGACAGCGCUGACACAGAGAUGAGUGAUCAAGAAGUGACUUAUUCCAACCUGAGAUUUCUUCAGUCACCUUCAGCGUCACAAAACAGAUUAAGACCUGGUGGUACUCAAAGACCUGACAAGACUGAGGAAAAAGAGUCUUCAGUGCCCUGGCGUGGCAUUGCGGUGACUCUUGGGAUCCUCUGUUUACUUCUCUUGAUGACAAUCACCGUGCUGGGUAUAAAGAUUUUCCAGUAUAUUCAAGAAAAACAUCAACAGGAGGAAAUUCUAGGGAACCUCAGUCAGAAGUAUGAUGUUAUACAAAGUGACAACUACUUAAAGAAGCAACUUUUGACAAAGAAGACUUCAGAAUGUGAUAGACUAAAUGAAACUCUUCAGCAAAUAAAGACAGACUUACCCUUUACAGAAAAGAAGGGAUGCAAUCAAGAAAACAAGUCUUCAGAGUCUUUGCCAAAUACAGGCAAACUCAAGGAAGUCUCCUGGUGGUGUUGGGGAGUAAACUGUUACCACUUUACUGCUGAAACUAAGACCUGGAUGGGAUGUAAACAGACUUGCCAAAGUCACAAUUCAUCUCUUUUGAAGAUAGAUGAUGCAGAAGAAAAGAACCUCCUUCAACCCCAGGCUUGUCAAAAUUCCUACUGGAUUGGAUUAUCAUUUAGCCAAACGGAAAAUAGGUGGAAAUGGAUUGACAAUGGCAUACCUUCUAGACUUAAUUUGACAAUAAUGGAUUCUCAUUUUUGGAAAAGUGAAUGUGCAUUUUUAACCUCAACAAGAAUAGAAACUAUUAAUUGCUCUAAAACCUAUAAUUGUAUCUGCAAGAAGAGAAUUGAUUGCUUCAAUAAACGCUAAGAAGAAAAGGACUUAGUUUACUGUAGAAACAGAGAUGAGAUGGAAGAGGAAGAGAAAACGCUCUUUUGGACUGUGAUCGAAGACAUCAGAUGCCGUGUGUCUUCUUGGGGAAGAGAGAAUCAUUUUGUCUUUGGAGAGCAGUUACCCCUCUCUUUUAAUGGCCUUGAGGAAUUGCUUUCUGUUUUCCUGAAACACCCACAGAAUCAAUUAGACAACUUUGAUAAAUAGCUUGAGUUUUUUCCUUAUCAAUAGGAUAAAUCAUUUCAAUAGACUCUGGCUUUGAGAGAUCAUAAUUAAUAACUAAAAAGUGGUUAUCCUUCCUCCCACCCCAUCUAGAUACUUAACUCUCAUUAAGAAUAAUUUUGCUAUAAUUUCAAACUUACUGAAUAGUUGAAACAGUAGUACAAGGAACUAUCAUGUAACCUUUACCCAUGGUUACCAUUUGUUUAAAUUUUACUGUAUAUGCAUUUUAUAGUUUCUUUCUCUCUGUCUCUUUCCUUGCUGAUUCAUUUGAUAAUAAAUUUAGGACAUUAUGCCCCUUUGUCUAAA